AUUGGUUGAAGAUUCCCUUACGUAAGAAGCACGAGGAGAAGGAGGAGCUCCCUUUUUCUUUUUUUUCUUUUUUUUUUGCCCUGGAGACUGAUUGAGCUGUGGGGUGCUACGGCCGGGUAGGGAGCUGCAACCUGCAGCGCGGCCGCUGUCCCGCCUGUGCCUCCGUGCGGUCCGGUUCGGGCCAACGCCGGCAGGUGCUGCGCGCAGCUCUCGGGCAGAAACUUAGAAAGAAUGAAGCUGAAGAACCAAAGUACCACUGUACUGGAGCAGGGGGAGCAGAGUAUACAACAUCGGUAGAAAAACUUACUGAAGGUGUUCAAGAAUAAGUUGAAAAUAGCCAAGAAAAAGAAGAUAAAGAAAAUUAAUGGCAGAUACAGAGGGCAGGAUGAAGCUAUAACUUCAUUUAAUUUCAUUUAACAGAACUUUGUUGAAGACUUACUUGGAACUAGGUACUGACCUUGGCCAAAAAGACGCCACCUCCCACCACGUACAGCUAAGUACAGCUACGGCUCGUGAUGGCGUCUGACCUCAGGGUAUUGAGCUCUGGGGUCUUUUUCGUUGUAAUGUGCAUUUUGUACAAGUCAACUGAAGACCCUCUGCCAGAACUGAGUCCUCAGAACUAUCUCAGUACCUUGCAGCCAGGAAAAGCCUCUUUGGCGUAUUUUUGUCACAUCGAUUUCCCAAGCACCUCUGUAGUUCUUGACCAGUUGCGUGAGGCUGUUAGCCCGCUCCAGGACUAUGGGGUUUCAGUUGCAAAGGUUAAUUGUGCGGAAGAAGAAACAUCAAGGUACUGUGGUAAAGAAAAGGAAUUGUUGAAAGCGUAUUUAUUCAGAGGCAAUGUACUGCUCAGAGAAUUCCCAGUGGACACCUUGUUCGAUGUGAACGCUAUCGUCGCUCAUGUUCUCUUUGCUCUUCUUUUUAACGAAGUGAAGUAUAUCACUACCCUCGAAGACCUUCAGAAUGUAGAAAAUACUGUGAAAGGAAAAGCAGAUAUGAUCUUUUCAUAUGUAAGAGCCAUUGGCACUCCAGAGCACAGAGCAGUCAUGGGAGCAGCCUUUGUGUAUGGGACCACCUAUCAAUUUGUUUUAACCACGGAAACUGGCCUUUUGGAAAGUGUCGGCUCUGAGGAUAUAGAACACGCACAUCUCUACUUUUUUCAUUGUCAGCUCGUCUCAGACUUGGCUCAGCCAUGCAGAAGAACGCUGAUGGGCCAGCCGGUGACAACGCUGAACAUCCACGUGUUUGUUAAGACAAUGAAAGCACCUCUGCUGACUGAAGUUGCUGAAGACCCUCAGCAAGUUUCGACGGUUCAUCUCCAGCUAGGACUACCACUGGUUUUUAUUGUUAGCCAAAAAGCUACGUAUGAAGCCGACAGAAGAACUGCAGAAUGGGUUGCUUGGCAUCUUCUAGGAAAAGCCGGAGUUCUACUCUUGUUAAGGGACUCAUUGGAAGUGAGCAUUCCUCAGUAUACCAACGUGGUCUUCAAAAGAGCAGAAAAGGAAGUGCCAGUGGAAUUUUUGGUGCUACCUGAUGUUGAUUCCAUCAUUUCUUAUGUGGAAAAUCAUAUGCACUUGGAGGAGAUACCGGAGAAUGAAGACAGUGACUUGGAAGAGCCAGAUUUGGAUAUUCAAGAUGAUGAAGUAGCAGAGACUGUUUACAGAGAUAGGAAGAGGGAGUUACCUUUGGAACUGACCGUGGAACUCACAGAAGAGACGUUUAACGCGACGGUGGUGGCUUCCGACAGCGUCGUACUCUUCUAUGCGGGCUGGCAAGCGGUAUCCAUGGCCUUUCUGCAGUCCUAUAUUGAUGUGGCAGUUAAAUUGAAAGGCACAUCUGCUGUGCUUCUUGCUAGAAUAAACUGUGCAGAUUGGUCUGAUGUGUGUUCUAAGCAAAAUGUUACAGCAUUUCCUGCUGUAAAGAUGUACAAGAAGGGUGAGAACCCUGUGUCUUACGCUGGUAUGUUGGGGCCGGAAGGGCUCCUGAAGUUCAUCCAGCUCAACAGGAUCUCAUGUCCAGUGAAUAUAGCAUCAGUACAAGAAGCAGAAGAAUAUUUAAAUGGAGAAUUGUAUGAAGACCUGGUUAACUAUUCUAGCCUGUCAGCGCUGGGACUGUUUAGUCCAACUAUGACCGUGGCAAAAGAAGAUUUCACUGAAGCAGGAAACUACUUGAAAGGAUGUGUCCUCACUGGGAUUUAUUCUGGAGAAGAUGCUUGGAUACUGGCAAAUAAAUAUGCUGCAACUCUUCCAGCCCUGCUGCUUGCCAGACACGAAGAUGGCAAGAUAGAGAGCGUGCCACUGGCUGGCACCCGCGCGCAGGACGUCGUGCAGAUGGUAACGGGUGCAGCCCGGGAAACCUUUCCAGAAAUCACUGUGGAAAAUCUUCCCACUUAUUUAAGACUUCAGAAACCAUUACUGAUUUUAUUCAGCGAUGGCAGCAUAAAUCCUCAGUACAGAAAAGCAAUAUUGACACUGGUGGAACACGAACACUCGGAUUCAUUUACUCCUGGCUGGCUGAAUCUCAAGAAUACUCCUGUGGGCAGAGGAGUCCUGCAGGUGUAUUUUGGCCGUCUGCCUCCUCUUCCUCUUCUGGUUUUGGUGAAUCUGCAUUCAAAUGGCCAAGUGUUCGCGUUUCCUUCAGACCGGCCUAUAAAUGAACAAAACCUUGCACUGUGGCUUAAGAAAUUAAAAGUAGGACUAGAGAAUCAUAUCAAAAUCUUACCUGCUCAGGAGUGGAAGCCCCCGCUCCCAGCUCACGACUUCCUAAGCAUGAUGGAUGCUGCUGCAGCUCAGCCUCCCCCUGGGAAAGCUCUGGGGUGCGGGAAAGCAGCCCCCGUGCAGGAGAACGAGAAGGAGCAACACGAAGAUGAGCUGGCAAGGAGGAAAGAGCCCGUUGAAACCCUGAGAAUAAAGCAUUGGAAUAGAAAAGAAACGGAGAAGUCUCUUAGGCCCCAUAAAGAGUUAUGAUGCUCACAAGUGAAUGGAUUUCUUGGGGCUGUAAUUGACAGGAUGAAAUUUACUUAAAAAUGUAUUUCACCCACUAAGUGUACUCCCAUUGGCUUAAUAUUAAAAAUUAUU